AUGGCCGACCGCAAGCAAACAGGAUCGCCUUUCUGGCAGAUACCCGCCGAGGUCAUUCCUGCGGUCACUUCCCCUAUCGGCAAACUCCCUCCCGAGCUCAUCAGCAAUAUCUUCCAGUUUCUCCCUCACGACACGAUCACAGCCGCCAACGUCGUCGAGGUUUGCAAACUCUGGCAGUUUCAAGGUGGAAACCUGGUUUGGCGCAGAGCCACGCUCAGGGACUUGUUCCACCACGUCAGCGACCCCCAGCGCGUUGCCGGUUUUGCAAGCCAGAUCGAGACGCUCCACUUUGGACCGCGUCAGGGCAUUCUUGCAGAUGCGAGAAUCAAGACCCUCAACUUCACCAGGCUACAAAGAAUCCAGAUCUACGGACAUAAUCUCAGCUUUGCGGAUGAAGACACCCUCAAGGCUCUGAUCACGCCUGCCUUGAAAGUUUUCGAGGUUCUGGACGACUUUGGUGUCCCCUUUCGCCCAGCACCAAACGAUGACAACGUCUGGCUGGCUCUACUCGUCCCCGUCGCUCACCAAAUUACGGAGCUCUCCUUUCGCGAGCAAAUCCAUCUCCCCUAUGAACUGCUGCACGACUUUCUUCGCGGCGCCAUCCACCUCGAGCGGGUCGUGAUCGAAUCUGAAGACAGCUCACAGAUGACAUAUCACGACUUGAUCUGCAUCUUGACCUCGCCCAAACUCGAACACCUCGACCUGCCGGGAACAUUUAACAUCGACACAGUGGUUGUGAACUCUCUACUCCGUCACUUUGGCCCUGACUGGUCACUUCCUGCCAUGCGUGUGCUUGGGCGGUUGUCCUUCGACCGGGGCGCAGGAAGAGUUGCUGCUCGUCUUCUUCCCGUCAUGCCCAACCUCACAGAACUCGGCCUCGAUCUGAAUCCGACUCUUUGGGACGACGCAAAAGAUUUCAAAGUCUUCGCAGUCAUCGGUGGUCUGAAGAAGUUGGAGGUGGUGAAUAUCCACAUGCAGCUCGACGAUAAAUGCACUAUCCCCUCCUCAUCCCUUCUUGAGCUCAUUCGCCUGCCCAAUCUCAAAGAGCUGAUUAUUGACAUUGAGGGCUACGCCAAGUCGACAAGCAGUGUUGAUACCACCGGCGCUGAUUGGCUAGCAUUCCUGACAGGUCUUCCAAAGCUGGAAUAUCUCGUUCUCUCCAUUGCCGACAUCGACGUGCUCGGUUCCCAAGAAGAAAUCGACGGAAUCAACAAAGCUCUGUCCCGCAUUGCUCAUGUCGAUCUUCCUGGAAUGACCUUGGUGGUGGGCGAAUAUGGAGUUGAUCCAAGAUGGGACUCAUGGGAGUAG